AUGCACCCCGCAACAUCCCUCCGUGUUUCUUCCUUUUCUGCGCUCUUCGCACCCCGCGUCCGGCCUUCUUCUGCCCUUGUCUCCAGUCGUGGGAAUACUGUAUCUCUUCUCUCCAGGCCUCAAGUCUGUCUCCGGUCGCAGGUUACUCUCACUCGCAGCAUGGCUACCGCAGCGCCGUCGAAGAAGGAGUGGAUCGUUAUGAUGCCUGAUAAGCCCGGCAUGCUGGCUAAGAGGGUUGAAGUCCGAAACACGCAUCUCCAAAACCUCAGCCCAAUUCUGGACUCCGGAUUCCUUAAAAUGGGAGGCUCGACACUUGACCACCACCCGGCCGAGGGAGAGAAUCCACCACCGAUGAAUGGAAGCGCCCUCGUUGUCGCGGCCGAAACCGCUGAGGAGGUUCGCGAGAUCCUAUCUAAGGAUAUCUACGCUACGUCGGGAGUAUGGGAUGUUGAGAAUGUUAUCCAUGAGAGCACCCGCUAA